GUUCCGCCAGAUGGUGUCCAAUGCGCCAGUGGCGAUAGUGGUGCGCUGUAACGAGGCAUGGUUUUAUUUAAUUGCUUGUCCAUUUAAUCGUAUUUGAAAUAUUAAUUCUUGUGAUAAACGGAUUCUAAUUUGCUUAUAAUCAAAAAUAGGACAUCAAUUUGAGGUCAUUGUAAACAAGAAAGAAUUGAGACGAUUUAUAAAUAAUUUUUAUAAGAAUCCGUAUGACAUAACCCCUGUCAUUGUGAAAACGAAAAAAUGGCUGUUUCCUGGACCGAAGAUGAUAUUGGAAGAAAAUGGGAUCGUUGCUUUGCGGACGCCCUUAUAAAAUUAAGUUGUGGAGCAGUCAUUGGUGGAGUAGUUUCACUAUUUUUUUUUCGAAGAAGAAAGUGGCCACUAAUAAUUGGAGCAGGUUUUGGAUUAGGUAUGGCAUAUUCUGAAUGUGAACGGGAAAUAAAUGCAUUUACGAAUCGAUAUUUGCUCGAAAGUAAACGCGAGGAAAAGAAAAAGUAGCUCGUAAAAAAUGUUUUUUGUUUUAACGAACAGUCAAAUCAAAUUUACUGCUCGUGAAACAAUUCUCUUAGUACAUUUGUAAAGUAGCUACAAUUGUAAUCCGUUUAAUUCUAACAUUGUACAGAAUAAAAUUCAAUUGUACUUUGUCGAUCAUGAUUUACAAUGUUCGUUGAAUUUUAUAAUUAUUAUAAUUUUAACAUAUUUAUUAGAAGUUAAAUAUAUUCUUUCUUUUUCUA